GAUGACCAAAUACUUUCCUUUCUCUCCGUCUUUUUUUCACCUCUCCCCUUGAUCUCUUUCUCUGCUCUUAGGUUCUUUCUCUUCCUCUUUCUUUUCACCUCUUCCCUUGAUCUCUUUCUCUCUUUCCUUACUCUGCUCAAUACUUAGCCCCACGUUCCACAUAUAAAAAGAGUCAAUAGAUCCUUCUUCUUUGGGUGCUUUCAUUAUCUAAGAUAAAUGGAAUAAAGCUAUACCCUUGAAGCCUUUCCCAUAGACCUCUCAUUUCUCAGUACUACUACUACCCUCACUUGGUAUCCCUUAUUAGGGUUGUCAUCAUGAGAGCUGGAGGCUGCACGGUGGAGCAAGCCCUCACGCCUGAAGCUGCAAACGUGGUGAAACAAUCCAUGGGCUUGGCUAGAAGGAGAGGACAUGCUCAGGUCACACCUCUCCAUGUGGCCAGCACCAUGCUCUCUGCUCCAACGGGUUUACUUAGAACAGCUUGUCUCCAAUCUCACACGCACCCUCUUCAAUGCAGAGCCCUAGAGCUCUGCUUCAACGUGGCUCUGAACCGACUCCCCACCUCCGCGGGGAGUCCUAUGUUAGGGAUCCCAACUUCCCCUUUCCCUUCUAUCUCUAACGCUCUUGGUGCAGCUUUCAAACGCGCGCAGGCUCACCAGCGGCGUGGAACAAUCGAGAGCCAGCAGCAACCGAUCCUAGCAGUCAAGAUUGAAGUGGAGCAGCUCAUAAUAUCCAUCCUCGAUGAUCCUAGCGUGAGUAGAGUGAUGAGAGAAGCUGGUUUCUCGAGUCCUCAAGUUAAGAGCAAAGUCGAGCAAGCUGUUUCUUUAGAGAGUUCGUCUAAAACAAUCUCCACGAGUAAACCAAAAGAAGGACAGCUGUUAACUCUUUCCAGGGACGAGGAUGUCAUGAACGUUAUAGACAAUCUAGUCGACAAAAGGACGAGGAACUUCGUGAUCGUGGGAGAGUGUUUAUCCACUAUCGACAAAGUUGUGAGAACGGUGAUGGAGAAAGUUGAUAAAAAGGACGUGCCAGAAGCUUUAAAGGACGUGAAGUUUAUAAGUUUAUCUUUCUCAUCGCUCGGACAACCUAGUAGAUCCGACGUGGAACAUAAGCUGAAGGAGUUGGAGACACUCGUGAGGAGUUGUGUCGGAAAAGGAGUGAUUCUAAAUCUUGGAGACCUAAACUGGUUCGUAGAGUCUAGAACCAAUAGUAACAACAACUACUGUGUUGUGGAGCAUAUGAUAACUGAGAUUGGGAAGCUGGCUCGUGGGUUGCUCAUGGGAGAUCAUGGACGGUUUUGGUUAAUGGGUUUUGCUACUUCAGAGACUUACGUGAGAUGCAAGUCUGGUCAACCCUCGCUUGAGUCUCUUUGGUGUCUCACCACUCUCACUAUUCCCACGACUACUAGCCUCCGGUUGAGUCUCGUAUCCGAGAGAGAGCUUGAAGUCAAGAAUACAGAGAAGCUACCUCUGCAGCUGCAUUCAUUAGAGAAACAGCUCAGUUUCUGUGAGGAAUGUUCAGUCAAGUUCGAAGCAGAAGCUCGGUUCUUGCAAUGCAGGAAUAAUGAAAGCAAUGUUAAUACUGCAUCUUUACCGGCGUGGCUUCAGCAAUACAAGAAGGAGAAUCAAAGUAGUCACAAUGAUUCAAAUUCUAUAAAAGAACUUGUGGUUAAGUGGAACAAAAUCUGCGAUUCAGUUCACAAGAGACCAUCCUUAAAAACACUCACACUCUCUUCUCCCACUUCUUCCUUUUCUGGUUCCACACAACCUUCUAGUACUCUGCAUCAUCUUCAAACCCCUGAUGCAUUCCCCUUAAGAGUGUUCAUUCCAGAGCUUCUCUCUUCGAAUCCUAACUCAACAGUUAACUCAGCAGCUUCUUCAAGCGAUGGAAUAGAGGUGGAAGAUUCCUCUUCUAGGUUUAAGGAAAUGAAUGCUGAAAACCUAGCAGUAUUAUGCGAUGCCUUGCAGAGCAAGGUGCCAUGGCAGAAGGAUAUAAUCUCAGAGAUAGCGAAAACAGUCUUGAAAUGUAGGUCAGGCUCGAGUACGAGAAAAAUAAACCGAAGCAAUGAUGUAAAAGAAGAUACAUGGAUGUUCUUUCAAGGUCUUGAUGUAGAGGCUAAAGAAAAGAUCGCUAGAGAAUUGGCUAAACUUGUGUUUGGGUCAGAAGACAGCUUUGUCUCGGUCUGUUUGAGCAACUUCUCAUCGAAAGAUUUGAAUAACAAGAGGUCGAGAGAUGAACAGAACUGGAGUUACAUUGAGAGAUUCUCUGAAGCUCUUUGGUCUGAUCCACACAGAGUGUUCUUAGUGGAAGAUAUAGAGCAAGCUGACUAUUUGUCCCAAAAGGGUUUCAAGAGAGCCAUUGAGAGAGGAAGAGUUUGUAAUUCAAGUGGUGAAGAAGCUUCUCUUAAAGAUGCUAUUGUGAUUUUGAGCUGUGAAAGAUUCAGUUCAAGAUCAAGAGCUUGUUCUCCUCUGGUUAAUGAGAAAUCCGACGGUUCACAUCAGUCUGAGGACAAAAACGUUGUUACUUGCGCCGCACUCGAUCUUAACCUCUCUCUUGACCAUGACGUUUGUGGAGAAGAGUCAUGUGAUGAGAUUGGCUUGCUCGAAGCUGUGGAUGCACGGUUUCAUUUUAAGUGUUCAACAACAUAACCUCAUGCAUGUGUGCAUGCAACAUGAUCCAGUUCAUGAACAUGAUCGUUCUGAUUAUGCAUCAUGCGUUAUUUGUUUACUUAGGAAUUUCUCUUUCACUAGGGCAAUACUUUGGGUUAAACGUGCAGUUGUAGAUUUUUUUAUUUGGCUUAGGAACUUUCUAGAAGGAUAUAUAUGGGAAGCUGGAUAAUUUCUUGCAACUUUUUUUUUGUUUAAUGUAUUAUUAUCUCAUUAUGCUCGUUUAAUAUAUGUUCGCAGGAAAAAUGUCGGAAAGCUGCUGAUUUUUUUUUUUGUUGACAUUUAAUUUGGAUUGAAGGGAAGGUUUAUGAAUUUGUUG